GGCGGGAGCGCAGGGAAGGCGGGCGGAGGCGGGGGGCGGGGAGCCCGAGGGGUGGAAGCCGGCGGCGGCGGCGGCGGCGGCCGAGCGGGGUCAGUUCUCUGUAGUGCUUGCCAAUGUUGGAGCCGUCUGCAAAGCGUCCUUGGCAAGAAGAUGUUCUCAGUGCAACUGAGUCUUGGUGAGCAGACAUGGGAAUCCGAAGGGAGCAGUAUAAAGAAGGCCCAACAAGCCGUUGCUAAUAAAGCUUUGACUGAAUCUACGCUUCCCAAACCAGUUCAGAAGCCACCGAAAAGUAAUGUGAAUAAUAACCCAGGUAGUAUAACUCCAACUGUGGAACUGAAUGGGCUUGCUAUGAAAAGGGGAGAGCCUGCCAUCUACAGGCCAUUAGAUCCAAAGCCUUUCCCAAAUUAUAGAGCUAAUUACAACUUUCGGGGCAUGUACAAUCAGAGGUAUCAUUGCCCAGUGCCCAAGAUCUUUUAUGUUCAGCUGACUGUAGGAAAUAAUGAAUUUUUUGGGGAAGGAAAGACUCGACAAGCUGCUAGACACAAUGCUGCAAUGAAAGCCCUUCAAGCACUACAGAAUGAACCUAUUCCAGAAAAAUCACCUCAGAACGGCGAAUCAGGAAAAGAAAUGGAUGAUGACAAAGAUGCGAAUAAAUCUGAGAUCAGCUUAGUGUUUGAAAUUGCUCUGAAGCGAAAUAUGCCCGUCAGUUUUGAGGUUAUUAAAGAAAGUGGACCACCACAUAUGAAAAGCUUUGUUACUCGGGUGUCAGUGGGAGAGUUCUCUGCAGAAGGAGAGGGAAAUAGCAAAAAACUCUCCAAGAAGCGUGCUGCCACCACUGUCCUACAGGAGCUUAAGAAACUUCCACCUCUUCCUGUGGUUGAAAAGCCAAAAUUAUUUUUUAAAAAACGCCCUAAAACAAUAGUAAAGGCUGGACCAGAGUAUGGUCAAGGAAUGAACCCCAUUAGCCGCCUGGCUCAAAUUCAACAGGCCAAAAAGGAAAAAGAGCCAGAUUAUGUUCUGCUUUCAGAAAGAGGAAUGCCUCGACGUCGGGAAUUUGUGAUGCAGGUCAAAGUAGGCAAUGAAGUUGCUACUGGAACAGGACCUAACAAAAAGAUAGCCAAAAAAAAUGCUGCAGAAGCAAUGCUCUUACAGCUUGGUUAUAAAGCAUCCACUAGUCUUCAAGAUCAACUUGACAAGACAGGGGAAAACAAAGGAUGGAGUGGUCCAAAGGCUGGGUUUCCUGAACCAACAAAUAACACUCCAAAAGGAAUUCUUCAUUUGUCUCCUGAUGUUUAUCAAGAGAUGGAAGCCAGCCGCCACAAAGUAAUCUCUGGCACUACUCUAGGCUAUUUGUCACCCAAAGAUAUGAACCAACCCUCAAGCUCUUUCUUCAGUAUAUCUCCCACAUCGAAUAGUUCAGCCACAAUUGCCAGGGAACUCCUAAUGAAUGGAACAUCUCCUACAGCUGAAGCCAUAGGUUUAAAAGGAAGUUCUCCUACUCCCCCUUGUUCUCCAGUACAACCUUCAAAACAACUGGAAUAUUUAGCAAGGAUUCAAGGCUUUCAGGUAUGAAUUAAAAGCAAAAACAAAAACCAGAAAACAAAUUCAUUAGCCCCAAAUCCUUCAUCUCUAUCCAUCAGAAAGCUCAUCCUUGCCUGCUAGUGUGACCUAUAUGCCACUUACAUUGUAAAGUAUUAGGAACACAGAGGUCAGAAAAAAGAGAGCCAUAUGCACGUGCCUCAUUUUCUUUUAUUUUCAUUCUAUCCAUUCAUCUUUUGCUGCCUGGCUCUCCUCCAUUUUCCUUCUUCUUCCUUUUAUUUAUUUUUUAUUUUUUUGAAACAUUUCUAAUUCUCUGUUCUGUCUUCCAGUUGGUCUUGAUUGGGUGCAUUUAACUCCUCACUCUGUCUUCCACAAACAAAAAUUCUGCCUUCAUACAUUUGGUAUUAGUAUUUAGCACGAAGUUCUCCCUCAUUUACAAUAAGGCUGAGUUUUUCUAAUGAUGAUUUUACUUUCAUAGCAGUUUUGAAGUUGGCAUUGUAUUGCUAGUAAUGAUUCAGGUAUACUGUGAAGGUACAACAUUCUAGAACUCUAUCUUAGGAGUUAAUUAAACAUGGUAUUAGAACAAUAAUGACAUGCUUUCUAGUUGUUUGAGGCAUAAAAACAUGUAUUUGUUUUAGUGGCUCAUGUUUUGAACCGUCUAGGGUAGCACCUAUCUCAUGGUACUAACAAUUUUGUUCCACCAGUCAGUCUGACUCUAGCUCACAGCUCACUGAACUUAUUGUAUAUGAAUUUGGGGAUGGAAUUUUUUUUCCCUAUUUAUUCUUUGUUCCCUUAAAAAAAAAACAAAAAAAAAACCCCAACCGUUUUUUCUGGAUAGAGCUUUUAAAAGAAUUGUUAACUCUAGGAAAAGGAAAUACCUGUGUUCUGAUUUCUUAGUUCCCUUGAAAAUCAUGUACUGAACUGUAACCGCUGACCUGACUGGAUGAACAGCCACGUGCUCAUGCGUAGAAAGAGUGUACUGCACCCUCAGAUUUCACUGUUUUCAUCCCUUUUCCAUCUUAGUCUUAUUCCUUAAGACCAAAAACUGUAAUUUCCUUUAGAAGUGCUCUAGAAGCUCUGUAUUGUGUAGAAUGAUCAUGUAUUUAUAAACAUUUUACAAGUUUAGAUAUAAAAUCAGAAAGAAGAUCAUGUGUUUUGGCAGGUAUUUUGCAUGGUUUUUUUUGUUUGCCUUCACAGAAACCCGAUUCUUUCAAAUCUGUUGCCAGGUAAUCGUUAGUGUUUUUAAUUAGACUAUUAAUAUGAAAUUGAAGAAGCUGUUACCAAUUAUUGGCUCUGUCGUCUGAAAUUUUAAACACUUAAAGUUAAAAUUUUAGAAUUUGUUUUUGUUGUUUACCUUAAGAAUGACAAUAAAUCACUGUUUAAAAUAAAAAGACCUCAAUUCAUACAGUUAAAGUACUGGAAAAAAGCUAAUAAUUUAGUUCUAUAAUCUGCACACAAUGAACUAGAAAUAAACUGUGAUGAAAAGAAAUUCACUGCUUAUUUACAAAUCUAGUUAUUUAGAAAUGUCUGAGAGUAACACUGCAUUUUUAUAGAAACAAAGCACAAAAUACAUUCAAGCUCUGAAUUGAUUUUUUUGCUUGGAGAUGUUAUUAUGGUAGAUAAUAAUUUUGCUGCCAGAGGAACUACUUAAAUUUUUUUAUUUGUAUUUAUUUGUUAUUUCUUGGUGAUGAUAACAAUGAUAAUUUUAUAAUUUCUUUAGUCAAAAUGUAGAGUCUAUUGCCCCCAUUAUUGGGCUGACUGCUCAGACCUCUUUUUAAAAACUUAUGCUAAGAUAAUAUGCUCUUAUUUAUGGACAAGUUAAACAUUCCCAAAUUUGUGUACUGUGAUUUUUACAUACUAAUGAAUAUAAACAGAUGGUUUUAAAACAUUACUGUGCUGCUUUGGUCAAAUGAGCUUGGUAUUGAUGUGAAAUAUUGUGUCACUGAUAGAUUGCAACCUGCAGCUGAGCAGUGAACAGAAGCUCUGUGGGAAAUGGCUUAGUGUCCUAUCAGGCACAGAGCAUAUCUUCAUAAUGUCACAGUAAAAGGUUCUUUGUAGUUAAGAGUUUUAAAGCCUAUUUCUUUAUAGGUAACUUUCUCAGGUAUCUUCACCUGGUAGAAAAACAUGUAGACUGUUUCUCUUUCUUAAAUGUUUCAAUUGGACUGUAGUUUAGAAAUUAUAGGGCGAGCUUGUUAUGGAUUACAUGCUAUUCUGUUAUUUUUAUUUCUGGAAUUUAAAACAAUAAAUUCUUUUUCUGUGUUUCUAGGUUAGUACUUUUUUAUUUUGUUAUUGUACACUGAAUAGAUAUUAUUGCUUAUUGAAUAUUGUAUAAACCCUUCUUUGGCCUUCCUUGCCCAUUGAAAUUUGACUUAAGCCUAUCAGAGCCAUUGUAUGUGACAGCUAUAUUGUAUUACAAAGUAAAAAUAUAUUAGUGUACUGAAAACUAAGUUGUUUUAACUUAAAAAUUUUUUUCAUUACCCAGUCUUUAAUUGAACUUUAUAAAUUACAGAAAGCUUAUUUGCUCACUAGAAUGUAGGUAUUAACAUCCUUUGCUUAAAUCUACAAAAUAAUUAAAAUUAUUAUACAAUUAAAGUUAUUAAUAA